CGCACGGAAGAUCUCAACGCACUCAAAGAAACAUACCUCACUCUCCUCGAGCCCGUCACCCAGGGGACUAAACCCUCUUUUGGAACUUACAUGGUCCUCCUACACCUGGCCGACAUUCUCGCGAGCAAAGGAGUUAAGGUAGACACCACCACCUUGGGCGACGCCACCACCAUCUUCAGUCCAUCCACGAACACGAAGCGUCAAAUCUUUGAAAUUGGCUCUUGCAAACCGUCCGAUGUCAUUGGCCUUCGCGCAACGCUCACGAGUCUCCUUCUCAUCUACGGCAAUACCCCGCCCUUUGAGAUCUGGAAUCUCGAGCAGGCCAUCAUCGCGGCGCUCAAAGCUUGUAACGAGGAUGUCAUUGUCGGUCCCAUCAUCCCAGAUAAACCCGUCCCUGGCGGUCCCCUCGUUCCGGACAAGCCGGUCCCGGGCGGGCCUAUUGUCACUCAGUCCGCGGUGCCUGGGGGUCCGAUCAAGCCAAGUGAUUAG